ACUGAUGUCUAUUGCCUGUCAAUCACUGUAGAAGUGAGAACCGUAUCAUGUCAAUUUCAACACCACAAACAAAUGGCAUGUUCACUGACCCAUGAAGGUAACAAUUCUGUUUCUGAUUAUUCAUGGAGAGUGUCAGGCAGGGAAGAGGCAUCACAAUGGCCCUUCAAGACAUUACAUCCAUACUGCCUAAAGCAUUGAAACAUUAAAUCCAAGGUUCUGAGUGGCUGUUAUUUAUAGCAAGGCAGGCUUGUCCUUCUAAUGACGCCACAUAGCCUUGUCAGAGAGGGGACGGGCAGGAUACAGGUAUUUGCUCUCCAAGUCGCCGACAAACAUGGGAUCCGCAAUCAUUACCUGUGUGGAAAUUUUACUUUUUGUUGCAUUUUGCACAGAUUUGACAAGCUGCAGUGAAUGGAGCUACAAAGGUGAUACAGGUCCUGGACACUGGCAUGAGCUGUUCCCCGAAGCCUGCUCAGGCAACCUCCAAUCCCCAAUCAACAUCAACCCCGAGGAGACCAUGUACAACCCAAACCUCCGACAAUUUGCCAUCUGGUAUGACCCACCCAAGGACAAUGCUAAAAUGUUUGUCAAGAACAAUGGACACGCAGUGCAAGUAGACACCAUGGGUGAUUUCUUCGUAACCAAUGGAGGUCUGCCAUAUGUCUACAAGACUGCCCAGUUCCACUUCCACUGGGGGCACAAGAACCAUCAGGGUUCUGAACACCGCAUCGAGGGACAGGCGCAUCCUCUAGAGCUUCAUAUCGUGAACUUCAACACCGACCUGUUCGGCACCAUCUCUGAGGCUGCGACUCAACCCAUGGGGCUUGCAGUGCUUGGGGUGCUCUUCGAGAUUGUUGACGAAGACAAUAAAGUGUUAAAACCCAUCCUGGAAGCCAUGGAGGAGGUCAAGGACCCAGAUGAUGAGAAUCUUGUGGAAAUAAAAGCAAUCCCACUCCGUAAUCUGUUGCCCGCGGAUACAGCUCAAUACUACCGUUACAAUGGCUCCUUGACCACACCUGGAUGCUUUGAGAGUGUUGUAUGGACUGUCUUCAGACAGCGUCAAAAGAUCUCACUGGAUCAGCUUCUGAAGUUCCGCAAUGUGCUUAAGCCCAAGCACAAGAAACAUGCCCGUAAGCACAAUCACCACAGAAGGCACAUCAAGCGUUCCAAUGCUGAAAAGAACGCAGAAAAAGUUCUUGAAGAACUUGGUAUCCAUGGCAACCACAUGGCAGAGGAUGAACUCAAGGUCGAUUUGGAAGUAAAACUGGCUGCAUCAACCGUCAUGCCUGAGACACCAUCAGCCCUUGUAGAUGCGACCACAGAGCUAUCUUCAACAGACCCAGCAGAACUGGAUGAGGACUCGGCCAAGAGGGCCCAGGACAACAUGGUCCGACAUCUCAAGGAGAAGGAAGAAGAAAACAAACAGGCCAAGGAGGAACUCAAGGCAAAGACAGAGGCCAAUGAGGAGUACAUUGAAUACAUCCAAGAAGAACUAGGUGACAAUUUUCGUCCGAUCCAACCAGUCAAUGGCCGCCUUAUUCAGAGAAGUUUCAAGAUCGGUGUUCAGCAGGUGAUUGUUGCAGCAAAGAAUGAGCCGAGUCUGCCACGGUACAACAUUCCUCAAAACAAUAACCAUCGUUCUGCCGAGUCGAGAUCCCAUGGCGGUAGUUCUCAUGUCACAAGCAUCUCCUUCCUCACCAUCCUUGCUUCUGUGUUAGCUCUGCUUCUGUGUUAGCUCUGCUUCUGUGCUGAGGCAUACAGACAGACAUAGCUUCAACACCAUUGAUGGCAGCAGUGUUUCAAGCGUGAUACAAAGCAGGUGCAGCAGAAGGAGCAUCAGUUUCAAAGUGGAUCCAACAGGAGAUUGUGUCAAGGCCGAUUGUGAUGCCCAUAUCAUUCCCACUGUGACGCACAUUCAGUUACAAGUCACGAACCUGAUUCCUUUACGCUGAGAUUAUGUUUAAAAGUUUUAGAAGACAGUUUCAAUAAUGUUCACAAAUUAAACACUGUAUUUCCAUUUCAUAUCAUGUUUGGUAAUUAUCAAUAUUAUUACCUAUUAUCAGAGAAUACAUCCUCGAUAAUAUAUAUAGUGGAGAUUUAUCGGAACGUAAACUCUGGAGAUUAUCGAGGAUGCAGAGAAUACAUCCUCUGCUAUAAUUUAGUGUCCCAAAUCAUGAAAAUGUUUUUAGUCACAAAACAAAUAAUAUACAUCUAAAUUCAAUCUUAAGACAUAAAUGGUUCAAAACAAAACACUUCCCCCCUUGAAUCCUCAAUCCAUAUAUUGAAUCUCAGUCCAGCUGAUAUUUAUAUUUAAGUAAGAUUUCCAUAUGUAUGCAUAAUGCAUCCAAUAUUUGUGCAUGAAUGCAAGGAGUACACAUAUAUAUAUAUAUUUGUAUAUAAACUCAAAGACAAAUAUGUACAAAAUGUUGAAUGAUCCCUUUCUGUUGGCAAAUUAUUGAUAAAUUUAAGGAUUUCAUUUUGACUCUAACAUCAACAACAUUUUCACAAAAAUAGAUUCAUGUGAUGGGUGGUAAUUAUUGGUAUGAAUCCAUAUUUAAGGUGAAGUGGAAAGAUUUGAUCUAUGAUCAAGUGGUACAAGCUAUGCAAAGCUAUUGAUUUAAGGUCAUUGGCAGGAUAUUUCUAUCAUAUUACAUUAUUAUCAUUAUUUUUUUUUUACAUAAUUACUGUCAUGACAAGUUUGAUUUUAAGAUAUCAUUUCUCCCAAACAUAUUUUUCACAAUGAAUAUGAAUAAAUCUAUAUAUCCAAGGAAAUAGUGCUAACAUUCCCAAUACAAAGGAAUCAAUUAACAAAUAAUUUAAUCCAGAUGAAUAAAUGCCAAAUUAGCAUGUAUCUACAGAAACAAUUUAAAACAAAAAACAAACAAUUCUCAGGUGGGUGCUGGGUUUGAACUUGUAAUGUUGAGUCCAUGGACCAAAACUACAGGGAUUUCAUAUUGUUCAUAGAGUUGUCUUCCCUGAUAGGGAGGGCAGUCUGAAUUUUCUGGAUGCAUUUUUGUUCAAUUCUCUACAAACUUACUUCAUGUGUAAUGAUUAAAUUCUUAUGGAGAUUUUUCUCAAUUCUACCCUUCUGUUUUUCAGACACCUUACAUUCUCUAACACCCUCAGCCACAUCAUUUGGUGGCCUGGGCAUUUUGUAACAUGGCCACCCCCACCCCCUCAUUUAAAUUCCUGGAUUGGCCUCUGUAGUCAAAUACGGUACAUAUUUGUUAUACACAAUCUUUUCUUUCAUCUUUUGGGGCGGUGGGGUAGCCAUGUUGUUAAAAGAUCGUCACGCCGAAAACCCAGGUUCGAUUCCCCACAUGGGUACAAUGUGUGAAGCCCAUUUCUGGUGUCCCCUGCCGUGAUAUUGCUGGAAUAUUGCUAAAAGCAGCGUAAAACUAAAUUCGUUCACUCACUCACUAUUUCAUCUUUUAAUUUUUUAGUUUGCCAGAUUGUAUAAACAAACCUUUCUUAAAGGUCUUGCCUAGAGAUACCGAUGUUGCUUCAUCCUAAUAUCUAGUGGAAUUGUGAUAACCAAGACUAUGUCUGUACAGAUUAUGCAACACACAAAUAUAUCACGAGUUCAUGUAUGGCUGAUAACUUAACAGGAUGUAUGACAAUAAAAGUUGACUGAUUUUUA